AUGUGGCCCUUCUCAGCUUCCAACACCGCCAUUGUCACGGAGAAACGCGCCCACCGCGCCCAGGCAUUAGACGAUGUGCCCAAAGACGUUGUCGAGAGCCAGUCAGUGAUCCUCAAAGCAACAGCCACGGAAAUUGUGUCGCGCAUCGAGAAGGGGGAAUGGACGGCCACCCAGGUUCUCGAGGCGUUCAUUGCCCGCGCGGCAUAUGCCCAUGCGAAGACCAACUGUUUGACUGAAGUAAUGCUGGCAUCCGCGAGGCAGCGUGCCAGUGAACUCGACGUCGAAUUCGCAGCGACCAAGAAGCUGAAGGGCCCUCUCCACGGUGUUCCUGUUAGUGUCAAGGAGCAAUUCGAGAUCGCAGGAGUCGAUACCUCAGUCGGAUUCUCCCAAUGGGCAAACAAGCCAGCAACCAGGAAUGCAGAUAUUAUCAACCAAUUACUGGAAGCUGGUGCGGUCCUCUAUGUCAAGACCAACAUCCCUCAAACCAUGUUCGCGUUCGAGUGUUCCAACCCCGUCUGGGGAUGUACGACGAAUCCCUACAGCGAUGCCUACACUUGUGGAGGUAGCUCCGGUGGCGAAGCCGCCCUGCUCGCCAUGGAUGGGUCCGCUGUUGGGAUUGGAACCGAUAUUGGAGGGAGUCUGCGCAUCCCUACCGCAUAUUGUGGCGUCUAUUCGUUGAAGCCUGCGAGUGGGAGAGUUUCUUACGUCGGCGCGAAAGGACCUGUUCCAGGAUUCGACGGCAUUGUUUCCGUCGCAGGACCCAUGGGCCGUUCCGUUAAGGACUUGGAGCUCGUUUCUCGCGUUUUGUUCGGAGCUCCUAGCACGAAUAGCGUUAUUCCUCCGGUUCCCUUCCGUGAAGCCACUUUGCCUCCCAAACUCAAGUUUGGGUAUUAUACUUCAGAUAACUAUAUCAAGGCUUCACCCGCUUGCAAGCGUGCCGUUCUGGAAACCGUCGAAACGCUGCGAGCUGCUGGUCAUGAAUGCGUUGAGUUUGAGAUACCCGAUUCUUACAUACCCUUCAACCUUUUCGCUGGGAUCACAUCUGCCGAUGGUUACAAAACCAUGCUUAGCCAUCUCGGGCCAGAUCCUAAGGAAAACGCCCUAUUUUUGGUGACGUUGGGUCCCCGGCUCCCUUCUAUUAUUCGAACGCUUGCGACAUGGCUCAUGGAGACACUCUGGGGCGACAAGAUCUUCGCCAAUACAGUACGAGUCACGAGAGCGAAGACCGUCACUGAGUACUGGAAGCUUCUGUCUGAGAAGGGAGCGUAUCUCCGAAGAUUCAAUGAGGAAGUCUGGGAGAAGCAUGGAUUCGACAGCAUCAUCGCUCCUGUCCAAGCCCUUCCCCAGUUGCCUCACGGCGGUUGCGACAAUUUCUCUGCUCUGGCAGGAGCCACCAUCCUGUACAACGUCUUAGACAUGCCAGCUGGAUGUCUUCCAGUAACGCGUGUAGACCCUAGUAAGGAUGCCCUUACGGAGGAGUGGACCAAAGGCCCCGGACUUGGUUCACCUGUCCUCGAAGCCGGUAUUUACAGAGGAAAGCAACCACUGUACAACCCGGAAGCGACCAAAGGGAUGCCAGUUGGUAUCCAGCUUGUUGGCAAGAAGUGGGAAGAGGAAAAAGUUCUUGCUAUGAUGAGCGUAGUCGAUGAGGCCCUAGGCAAAGAUCGAGGAUUCGGGCCUGGUGCGUGGGACGCUCAUAUGAAGAGUUCUGAGUUGUGA